CCACAGGAGGAUAUAAAUGACAUGGGCUUUGUUGUUUUCAGACCAAUAUCUUAAACACACACACACACACACACACACACACACACACACACACACACACACAGAAAAAUCAACCAUCUGUAAUCUCCAGCAUUCAAUCAUUCAUAAACCAUGGACUCUGAAAUGCCUCUUUGGGUGUAUGUGGUAGUAACAAACAGUCUGGCAUGUUCCAUAAAAAUAUUCAUCCUUACCUCUGCUCUUUUUGUUUCAACACUGGGUGUAAAACAUCAGUUAUGUUCUGACACAAAGUCUACAUGGAGCCCAACAUGAACAUGGCUUCUAACAAAAAUCUUGUUAGCUUCCUAAAUCAAGCAUGUCUUUAUUAUCAAAGCAGAGAUAAUCUUCCUUAAGUUUCUUUUUCACUAAGCUGGAACCUCGUCAGUUUCACUUAGGUCAUGAGGGGUGUCGAAAACUGCCUAGUAAUCCUCAUGUGUAUAAAUACCUUGCUUAUCUGAGAAUCCCUAGAACCUCACUGAAGUUGGAAGAGCCUCUCAGCCUGAAUAGAAGUACUAAGGAGCUGUCUCCCAGCAAAAUGAGUGAAGAAUCUCACAGAAAUCUCAUACGAGAUAGCCUGAUUCAGCUGAGAUGUCACUUUACCUGGGAGCUGGUUAUAGAAGAUGUGGACAUGCCUGACUUGGAAAAAAGAGUCUUUGAUAUUGAGUUCCCUGACACCAACCACAGCAUGGGGAUGCUCAACCUCCAGGCCUAUGUGAAACACCUAAAAGGCCAGCAUGAGGAAGCCCUGCACAGCUUGAAAGAAGCAGAAGCCUUGAUCCAGGGAGAGCAGUUGGGCAAGAGAAGCCUGGUGACCUGGGGCAACUGUGCCUGGGUGUAUUACCACAUGGGCAGCCUGGCAGAAGCCCAGACCUACCUGGACAAGGUGGAGAACACAUGCAAGGAAUUGGGCAGUCCCUUCCGCUAUAGUAUAGAGUGUGCUGAGAUGGACUGUGAGCAAGGCUGGGCCUUGCUGAAGUGUGGAAGACAGAAUUAUGAACGAGCCAUGGCCUGCUUUGUAAAGGCUCUGGAAGUGGAGCCUGAAAACCCUGAAUACAACAUUGGUUAUGCUAUUGUAGCCUAUCGCCAGGAUUUCAGUGACAAUGUUUUUUCUCUGGAACCCCUAAGGAAGGCUGUCAGGUUAAAUCCAGAUGAUCCAUACAUUAAAGUUCUCCUUGCCCUAAAGCUUCAGGACGUGGGAAUACAUGCUGAAGCAAGAAUGUACAUUGAAGAAGCUCAGGCUAACAUCUCCUCCCAGACCUAUGUCUUCGGAUAUAUGGCCAAAUUUUACCGAAAGGAAGGUUUUCUGGAGAAAGCUCUCCACUUCCUUGCUAUAGCCUUGCAGGCAAAACCUUUCUCCGCCUUCUUGCAUCAUCAGAUUGGACUUUGCUACAGGAGACAACUGUUCAAAAUAAAGGAAGCUACACACAUGCAUCCUAGAGGUCAGGACAGAGAAAGAGCAGACCAAUCCACCCAUCUGGCUAUGUUGCACUUUCAAAAGACUUUAGAGCUGAAACCCACAUUUGAGAUGGCUUACGUGAAUCUGGCUGAAAUGUACAUAGAAACUGGCCAAUUUGGAAAGGCUGAAGACAAUUUUCAGAAAGUGUUGAGCAUGAGAAACCUUGAUGCUGCUAUACAGCAAGACAUUCAUCUCCGCUAUGGCCAUUUCCAACAGUAUCAUAGGAGAUCAGAAGACAAAGCGAUCACCCAUUAUAUAAAGGGUCUGAAAAUAGGAAUAACUUCUUCCUAUGUCAGAGACAAGCUUCUGGAGGCUUUGCAGAAGCUGGCUGAAAGACGCAUUCGCCAGAAUGUUCGUGUUGUGGAAAGCAUCAGCCUCCUUGGGUUUGUCUACAGACUGAGAGGGGACAUGAGUGAGGCGCUGCGAUGCUAUGAGAGGGCCCUGAGACUCACCGAAGCAUUGAACCCCGAGUUUUGAAGCACGGCUCACCAAGUGACAUAUAAAGCAUUCUCGUGGCUCAUUAUUCUGCUCUUCUUUUGGAGUUGUUACUUUAAUUAUGUGGAACCCAGUGAAGCAAGUUGAAGAUGACUCCCUCUGUUUUCUGGCUUUCUAUAGCCCUGGUUUUUGUUUUGUAGUUUGUUUGUUUGUUUGGCAGGGUUUUUUUUUGUUGUUGUUUGUUUCUUGAAUACGUGUGUCUGUGACAGGAGCAUUCAUUCUCCUUUCACGCUUUGCUGUGUUCAUUGACCAUGGUUGAUUCCUGCUGUUCUGGACAUCUGUGAGCUGCAGAACCCACAAGAACCAUUUUUCCUUAUGAGUGCCUUUGGAGUGCAUGACCCACUCCCUCAGUCUUGUAGGACCCUGAUCAAAGGACACUUCACCAAAGAAGGCUUAUUUUUUCAUGCUUCAGGAGUCUCUGACCUUGAGCAAUAUGUGAGAGCAAAUUAAAUGAGCAAGGAUGAGCACUGAGAAGGAGAGGAAUUCAGGAUUACCCUACAGUGUUCCAGUCCAUAGUUCCAUUUCCACAGGCCCUACUAUAGCCAUAACCUGCUGGUCAGUGAGCUCAGCCUUAUAAUCAGUGCAGCUUUUUAUAUCAAGUUUCUGACCUCAGACAAUUGUGUUGGAUGUAUGUGUUCCAAAUACACUGACAUUUAAUUACAGCUAAGAAGACUUUCAAAGUAUUCUGGGAAGACAGAAUAAAGGGGUGGCCUCUUUGGAAUGUGCAAACUAAAAAUGACAUAAGUAAUUUCAUGACACUGCUUAGAUGAUUGAGAGUUGUGUGAUAUUAUCUUGCUAUUUUUCUAACCCUAUAGUAUUCAAUAAAAAUCUGCGAAUAUCACAGAAU